AUGCGCAUCCCCCGCACCCUCCGCAACUUGCCAGCAUACUUCCGCUACCUGGACAUGGGUGCGGCCGGCAUCCUCCAAUUGCCCGCAUACGAGCUGGACAAUGAUGGGUAUAUCAUUCUGUACCCGGGUGAGGCCUUCUGCCGCGUUGCUGGCUGCCCUGGGCGCCGGCAUCGCUAUACCUCAAGCCGAGCCCUCCGCGCCCAUCUCAGCCGCCACCGCCUUCACCUUCGACCCGGUACCCGUGGAAGAAUGGCCCCAGAGACCGAGCUGCGCAUGAUAGCUUGGUACCGGGAGGUCGUUGUGGCUGGCGUCCCUGCCGCCCCUGCCGCCGCCACAACCGCUACAUGA